CAUCCACUCUCCGGCAGCCGACCUCCUCGGCGCGGUCACCAUGGCUCGGCAGCCCGGCGGCUUUCUGCAAGAGGCCUCUCACCAGAUCGCCGCCGGCGGCUCGGCGGUAAAUUGACUGCAUUUCACCUUUGACUCAGAAGGACCUGACGGUUUUCUAUUGCUGAAGAAGCAGGUUUUCUUAAUGACGGUGCUAUCAGAGGUCUUGUAGAAAUUUGCCUGAUGCAUCCCCUUGAUGUAGUGAAAACAAGGUUCCAAAUUCAAAGAGGGAAAACUGAUCCUACCAGUUACAAGAACCUGGGGGACUGUUUUAGGACUAUUUUCCAGAGAGAAGGAUUGCUUGGUUUCUACAAAGGAAUACUCCCUCCCAUCUUGGCUGAGACGCCCAAAAGGGCAGUGAAGUUUUUCACCUUUGAACAAUACAAGAAGCUACUAGGAUAUUCAUCUUUACCUCCAGGACUGACAUUUGCAGUUGCUGGCUUGGGAUCUGGAUUAACAGAGGCAGUAGUGGUCAACCCUUUUGAAGUAGUAAAGGUUACCUUGCAGGCAAAUCGAAACAGUUUCACAGAGCAACCAUCUAGCUUUGUUCAAGCUCAGCAGAUCAUCAGAACUGAUGGUUUGGGCCUCCAUGGACUCAACAAAGGUCUUACUGCAACACUGGGCCGUCACGGAGUUUUUAACAUGGUUUACUUUGGAUUCUACUUCAAUGUGAAAAACAUUCUUCCGGUCAAUAAAGAUCCAAACUUGGAGUUUUUGAGGAAAUUUGGAAUUGGGCUAGUCUCAGGAACAAUAGCUUCAAUUAUUAACAUUCCUUUUGAUGUUGCAAAAAGUAGGAUUCAAGGACCACAGCCAGUUCCUGGAGAGAUCAAGUACAGAACCUGUCUUAAAACUAUGGCAACAGUCUAUAAAGAGGAAGGAUUUCUGGCUCUGUACAAAGGCUUGAUUCCCAAGAUCAUGAGGCUUGGUCCAGGUGGUGCAGUGAUGCUUUUGGUUUAUGAAUACGUUUAUGCAUGGCUUCAGGACACAGUUGAUCCCAAGUAGUGCUUCUGAAAAUUUUACUCCUUAAAACUAUAUGCAUUCUAAAAUACAUUUUAAUAAAGUGAAACUGAUUCUCAGCUGUUACGGUUUUGAAUGUACUCAGAUUAUUGGUGGUACAAGAAAAUAUUCAAGUAGAUACCUGUCUGAAAAUGUGUAAAGUAAAUAAUCAAAUUGAUAUUUGUAAUUUCUUUGUCCAUGUCAAGAGAAAACAUAAAAGAGACAUGAGGUAGUUUUUCAAGGACAAACUGAAAAUUCUGCACACUGAAUUGUACUGUGCAGACAGUACUUUUAAAAGUGCAGCUGAAAUGAUAAAAUAAUGACCUUCAGAGCAUUUUAAAAAGAAAACUGGAAUAAUUGCUUAGGACCAGAUACUGAGAUCAUGUAAAAUGACAGCUUGGGAUUAAGAACAAGAGCCAAACUCUAGAAAUUCAUGCGUCAAAAUUGGGUCCUGUUUCUAUUCCAGUUGUACCAUGUUUGGUACAAUUUCAGCAGCAGUGGCAGAAUUGUUUCUUAAGUUGUUGAGAGUUAGGACAGACAUAGUACAGCAAGGCUAGCCACAGCCUUAGAAAUAAACAUAGUAUUAAAUAUCCUACUUGUUCAUAAGCCAUAUAUAUCAUAUAAAGCUCACGCAGGUUACAGAAGAUACUAAACAAAAUUACUCUAACCAAGUUAGUUUCAGAUACAAAGCAAUUAUGGAAAUCAUACAAGAAUUGCACAAAUAACAAGGAAAUAUUUUUGUAUGUACAGGAUCUUACUGCAAUUUUUUCAUCCACUUUCAUAUCCUAAAAAUCCUCAGGGUAUCUUGAUUAUCUUUUUGCCUCUGUCACCACCACAAGGGAGAAGAACGGUGUUCAGUUAACCUCUCUUUUCUCUUUAUUUGACAACAGCAAUUUCUCAUUCCUAUGUUACUUUGUAGCUAAAAUCAAUAAAAUUAGCUCUGUUGCAGUUUAUAAUUUUAAGGCAAAUGUUCCCUAUCAGCACUUAGCCAAAGAGAAAAUGCUACUAUGAUCAUUUCAAAAGUGAAAAGCAAAAUGCUUCAUAAUUAGUCUUUUAUUAAUUUAGGGCAUUCAAAAUAUAAAAAAUAGAAGACUUUAAACAUACUGUAUGUACAUAUAGCCUUAGGUUUUACAUCCUUUCCAAUGUGAUUUUUUUUCCAUGUAAUAGCUCACCCUGAUCUUUGAUGAAAAAAGAGAGCCAUUUGAAAGAAAAA